CAGGAUAAAAUUAGGCCAGCCAGGCCUUAUGUUGCUGACUGAGCUGGGGUGGCCAAAAAAAGCCUGGAGUUUGAGCCAACAGUGGAAGCACAAAGAAGAGAGGAAAGCAAGCAGGAUCAUCGCUGAAAUGGCCACCAAACUUGUGGAUCUGGUGUAUUGGCGGAAAAUGAGGAGGACCGGUGUGGUGUUCACGGGGCUGGUGAUCAGUCUGGCCAGUCUGUUCCAGCUCAGUGCCAUCACCGUGCUGUCCCACAUCGGUCUGGGUGUCAUGAGUGUCACCUUCAUCCUCCGGCUUUACUACAAACUGCUGGAGCUGCUGCGCUGGAACCCCGGGGUCCACCCCUUUCAGUCGUAUCUGGAUAACGACAGCUCAUUGACAGAUAAGGAGACGGUCAUGCUGGUGGAGGAGGUGGUGCUUCUGAUAGCUUUUGCCUUCACAGAGAUCAAACGCCUGCUUUUCAUCGAGAGCAUGAUCGACUCUAUCAAGUUUGUUGUGCUCCUGUAUCUGCUGACCUAUGUUGGUGUUGUAACCAGCGGACUGACUCUGCUAAUAGCUGCUGUCAUCGCUGUUUUCUCCCUUCCUCUGUUGUACAAAAAGCAGCAGAUGCGGAUGAGGAGGAUGGUUAGAGCGGUCAAAGCUUUUGUAAAGAGAAUCAAAAACCUGUGCCUCAGUCUGUAUGAUUCAGUGAGACCCUCUCCUGUCCCUACACCCGGCCCAAAACCUGCACCCACAGCUGCAAUUGCCGCCACCAAACAGAAAGCCAAGUCAAAGUAGCUUGUGGGUUGCGUGUUGAAAGCACCGAGGAUCAGGAAUUUGGAAAAUGUUGGAAUGGUACAUCCUCUGUGGGGCUGCUUUGAGGGGCAGUUAAUUUCCAUUUCUCCUCCAUAAUGCUUGUUUAUGGGAGAUUUAUUGAUCCUGACAGCUGAAACAAAGCUGCCAUUCACCCACGGAGAAAGAGUGAAAGUGUAUGAGAAUUUUAUUUAUUGAGUUGCUUUUUGUGGGCGGCGAUUAAUAUAACCACUUCACACAGUCAUCUACUCCAAACAGGGACAGAAUACCACUGUGUCUUUUUUCUAUAAUAACAGGUCUAUUUUUAGCUCACAACCAGUGAGCACCAUGUUCCUGUUGAGCCACAGAAUUAUUCAUAACAAAGCAGUGAAGCAUUAUUAUUGCAUUCAUUUUGUAGCAUCAUGUACUGUUAGCCGGAUGGAAUAAAUCUGACAUGAACAUCCCCUGCCAUAAAUUAACGUUAAGGGCUUUGCACUUGCAAUGUUGCUGUCUUAGCAAAAUCUUUUUUAACAGCAACACCUUACAAUUUUUGAGAGACUUACAUGAGAAGCAAUGAGACCAUUGUCCUCGGCUUGUUGUGCUUAUUGCAUUUAAUCAGGCGCAAACACUGACUUACUGUUGUUGCAGUAGUUUGGUGAUUAAAGGUACAAAGUGCAUCAACAAAAUAACUCUUAACAAGUGAGAGUCUCUCCAGGAGUUACUCCAACUGUCCUCGGGUAACUCCAACUAAAAUUGGAUUAACAGAAAAAGACACCACUUACGGGCAUAAUCCAGCAGCAGCAUUUUUAAUUUUGCAAAUAAGGCAACGUUAUUGCUGCUCUUACGUUUAAACUGCUGGUUUAAACUUUCAAUUCUGUUGGCUACUGGGGCAACCAGCUGUGCUGUGCUUACCACUGACUCCCUAUUAACAGAAUAGGUGAGUAAGCACAAACUACAAGCACAGUCAAAUGUUUAAAGCUGCAUUCAUUAAUUUUUUGUGUCUGGUGGGAGCAGAACAAGCUGUAAACAUAACAGUUUUUACAUAACCAGACAGAGAACCAACAAGUCCUCCAACCCAUAUGACCACAUACAGUAGGUUGUUUGUUCCUACCCUCUAACCCUACCCUAUGUUUUCACACCAACCUAAUCAUAACCCUAAAUUAAAUUAAUUAAUAAAACAUCCUAAACUUAAACACAAUGGUUAUGGUUUUAAACAAGUUGUUAACCUUGUCAAGCGUUGCUGUUUAAUUAGACUUGGUUAGGUUUAGGAAAGGAUUAUGGUUUGGGUUAACAUAAAUAUGUUUGUGACAUAUUUUCAGUAAAGUAGAUAACUUACAUAGGCUACGUAACUUAACUUAUCCAUGUAACUUCACUCAUGUACGGAAUGUAACAUAACUUACGUUGACUUUUGGUUUCAUACGGGAAAGAAACAGCGGUCCCCCGGUUAAAGGUUCUGUGUUACUUUGGCCAACCCGUCCAUCCACCCUGACCUCCUCCCUAUGUGGACUUGCUUUGUACUAUCCCCUGCCUUCAUCCUUUGCCCCCGUCAUAAUUACUAUGACCGCUAAAGGUCACUGACACAAAAAAAUUGUCGUAGCAACCUGCUUGUACAAACAAUCUAUGGGGUUGUUUUUUGGGUGGAGGAGACAGAACACAGAACAAUGUUAGCAUUAAUUUGGAGAUGUUUUGUUUUGGUGUUGAGCAUGUAGUGUAAGGUGGGUUUUUUCAAAACUAAAAACAGAUGCUUGCUGUGUCUGGAAAUAGUUGACCAAAUCACUUGAGUUGUGGGCAGGAAAACCUAAAAGAUGAGCUAACCAAGAUGCUAAAAGGCCAUAACUAAUGAUCAUGAUGACACAACCUGCACCCUGUUGCAGCUGCAUAAAUCUGUGUGAACCCGUUGCACCAUAACCGGCCUUUAGAGGACAUUUCAGUAGAUAAAACUACAAUCUACAGAUUUAAUAACGUUGGUUAAAUAGUUUUUGCCAUUAUCAGACAAUAG